CGCGCGGGCAGAUUAACACAGGAUUUGAGCACCUAAGUACGGGAAACUGCUGAUCACUGUAUGAACGCGCGCUGAAACCUUUUCAUUUAAUUGCUAAAUGGAUCAAUGAACCGCAAUUCUUAUUUUUGCCUUGCUGUCCUUUUUAAAGUAAAAGAAGAUGGACUGAAGCAAAAGUAUAACUAAUCGAUUGAUCUGUGUUUUAUUUGGCAGUGCUUUGUAUUGAUAAUGUUUCUGAAAGAUGUUCGCCAAGAGUCACAAUUAUGAGCUGUCAAACUAUUAAUCUCUAAUUUACCGUGCCUUUUAAAUGUUGAACCAAACUGACUAGAAACAAAAGGGAUUAAUUGAAUACCUUUCUAACUUGUAGGCUACUAAGCAAAAGGUCAUUUUAUGAGCUUAGCUGCGGCCGUCUGUCAAUGUCAGGUCACCGUUUUGUUUCGUGCCCUUCGACAUCAUUUACAAAGGUUACAAAAUAGCUUCAACCGUUUGUCGUUUUGUUGAACAUGAGAAAAUCUUUUUUCAAACGAGCAAAGGUAUUGCCUUGGCUCAGUAAUGUGACUCUGUACGGAUGCUUGUUCGCCGGAGGGGAUUUCGUCCAUCAGUGCAUCGCGCAGAGAGAUGAAAUGGACUGGAGACACACGAGAAACGUGGCGAUUGUGGCUCUGAGUUUCCACGGUAACUUCAAUUACUUCUGGUUACGAGUCUUAGAACAUCGUUUCCCGGGAAGAUCGGCUGGUAUGAUUUUCCGCAAACUGCUUUUGGACCAAACUUUUGCUUCACCUUUGGCGACCAGUGUCUUCUACACAGGUGUGAGUUUCUUGGAGGGCAAAGAGGACAUAUUUGCUGACUGGCGAGAAAAGUUUUUUAAUACAUACAAGACUGGACUGAUGUACUGGCCAUUCAUGCAGUUUCUGAAUUUUGUUCUGAUGCCUCUUUAUCUGAGGACAGCGUUUAUGGGCUGUUCAGCAUUCCUGUGGGCCACGUUCUUAUGUGUCUCACGACAGAGUGGGGAUGGGACAGCAGCAGUGGCCUUAGCUUGGGUCAUGGCCCCCAAAAAACGGCUUCUACCUCGCAGUAACGACGAGGAGAAGUAAAAAUACAGUGGCGCACAUAAACAACUUUGUGCCUUUGCGGAUGGAUAGUUCUGUCCCACAAUGGUACUGUAUUGAGGCUGUUUAUAAAUCUUGUCACUUAUGAUCUUAUUAAAAGUGAUAUUAAAUUAACUUAUAAUUAACGUGUGCACAGAUUUCAUUUAUAUUUAUGCUGAAAAAAAACCAUUUUAAUUUGUAUAGUUUUACGUUUGAUGUGAUUCAGUUUGUUUACAGAAGGGAAAUGAAUUGUGUCUUUAUGAAUUUCACUGUAUUGCUAGGUGUUUUAGAGGUGUGCCCUGAUUCAGCUCUGACAUUAGGUUGCCAUUUAACCCAAAUACCUUAUUCAUUUAUCGAAAAAUUAAAAAAUGGACAUACUAUGCAGUGUUUCAUCCAAACAUGACUAUCUUUCUAAAGAGAAACUCAUAAGGUUUACAUAACAUGCACAUUUACUCAUAAGGGAUGCAGUAAUCAAAAGAUUUGUAUCUUAUUAA